CAGCAGCUGACGAGCUGCCUCCGUGGUUUCUGCUCCCGCUGCUGAUCCGCGGCACAUGCUCAGUUAUGUACACCCAGACAACUUUGAAGGCUUAGCUGUGGCUGCUGAGGUCAUUGCACUGGGAAAAAAAUAGACUGACUCGCUCCACUACACCGCCUCCAUUUUGAAUAGCCAUGUAAUCGGGGCUUCGCGUAGUUUUUGUGUGUAUCGCCCACUGCGCUACGUAGUGUCAACAAGCCACAUCCAAACAUCCUUCGACAUGGACGACCUGUUCAGUCCGCGGAGGAGCCUGAACAGCACACAGGGCGAGAUAAGAGUUGGGUCGAGUCAUCAGGCCAAACUUCCGGAGAUGCAGCUGCGGUCGGCUCUUGUUUUACAGACUCAGACAGAGAGUGAGGAGCUGAUGUGGACGCCUGGGGUCAAUGACUGUGACCUUCUCAUGUACCUCAGAGCUGCCAGGAGCAUGGCAGCAUUUGCAGGGAUGUGUGAUGGUGGAUCCACAGAGGACGGAUGUUUAGCAGCCUCCCGUGAUGAUACCACACUCAAUGCACUCAACAUGCUACAUGCAAGUCAUUAUGAUGCAGCAAAAGCUCUCCAGCGUCUGGUUAAGAAGCCUCUGCCGAAGCUUAUUGAGAAAUGCUGGUCGGAGGAUGAUGUGAAACGCUUCAUCAAAGGUCUGAGACAGUAUGGAAAGAAUUUCUUUCGGGUCCGGAAGGACUUUCUGCCCAGCAAAAAGACUGGGGAGCUGAUCACCUUCUAUUACCACUGGAAGAAAACUCCUGAGGCUGCAGGCACAAGAGCUUAUCGACAGCAACGCCGGCAGCCGUCCUCUCGCAAAGCGAAGACUCGCUCUGCUGCAGUUCUCGUCACCCCAUCGCAAAAUUAUUCAGUGGAUGCAAGUUCUGCCAGUGAGGAUGAUCUUGAUAGUGAAGACAGUGAACAGGAAAUCAAGACCUGCAGCCACUGCGGCACAACAAGUUCGAAGGAUUGGCACCAGGGGCAAAGAGACAACCCAUUGCUCUGCACGACUUGUCGCACAUAUGAAAGUAAACAUGGAUGUUUGCCCCCAGCUUCAAAAUGCGCAGGCGCUCCAUUCCUGUUUAAACCUGUUAAAGAGGAAGAAGAGGUGAACAGCAAGCAUGGCAUGAGGACACGGACGAGCAGAGCACCUCAGUUGUCAUCUUUGAGAAGUGGCCACAGGAGGCUCACAGGUUCCCCCACCAGUGAGGAUCACCAGUCAAGUAGCCAGCCCUCACCGAGCGUGACAACCUCUAAUUCUUUGAGAUCUUGUUCCACGGAUAUUAAGAAUGAAUCCAGCAAGAAGACGAUCAAGAAAAUCAAAGAGGAGGUAACGUCACCAAAGACAACCAAACGCGUACGGGACAGUCCCACUCAGGAGCCUGACGAGGCUGAGAAAGUUGCACCUAAAAGGUCGAAGACUCGGGAUCCACGGAGCUCUCGGUCAGAUGGAGAGGCCGAGGUCGAGGAGGAAAGCUCUUCAGAAAGCCGCAGUGCUCAGGACGACGGCAGCAGUGACACCAAAGACAUCGAUCAGGACAACCGCAGCUCCUCUCCCAGCAUUCCCAGCCCUCAGCAGGGCAACGAGAGCGACUCUGACUCCUCCGCCCAGCCGAACGGAGUGCCAUCAGAGCCUGUCGCUCCCGCUGCUGUAUUGGCUGACAAGUCAAUCUCACAGGCCCUCCCCUCUCAGGGCCAAGCCAUCACUCCUCAGCCAAUGCAAAGCAACCCCCCUGCUGAUCCUGUUAAGAGCCCCCGCCCUCCUUCUCCAGACCCCCGUCAGCCAGCUGCUGGUCAGUCAACUGCCACAGCGGGCCCAAACAGCCGACCACAGCCCGCUUCCCACUCUCUUUCUGGUCCUUCAUCUCUUCCAUCAGCACUGGGUCAGGACUCUCCUCUUUCUACAGCAUUUCAACUCCCACCUCUUCUCAACUCUGCACAGCCUCAUGGCCCGUCACCUCAGGCCCCCCAGCGACCCGCACCCUAUUUUAGGGAGUCUCAGCUCUCCAAGCCUCCUCUAUCUGGCCCACAAGUCAAGCCUCCUCCCACCACUCCAAUUCCACCUUCACACAAACAAAUGCCACACCAGUCUGCUCCACCUUUCCCUCAGAUGCCCUCUAAUCUCCCCCCACCCCCUGCUUUAAAGCCACUCAAUAUUUUGCCCAACCAGCAUCCCCCGGGUGCUCCCCCUCCCCCUCUUCAGCUCAUGCCACAGCCUUUGCCAAUGCAGCCACUCCCUACUCAGGUGCAGACCCACCCUGGAAAAAGCAUGACUUCCUCUCAUCCUCCUGCUGCAGCCUCACACCCUCUCACUUCUGCUAUUGGCCCUGUACCGAGCCUCCAGCCGACAUUCUCGCAUCUUCCCCCGAGACCUUCGGUGAGCACCAUGGCAGGAGGAUGCCAAAUUCAGAUUAAAGAAGAGCCACUGGAUGAGAUUGUAGAGGCUGCAAGCUCAACGUCUCCACCUCGGAGUCCCUCGCCAGAGCCCACCAUAGUCAACGUGGCAAGCCAUGCCAGCCAGUCUGCACGGUUUAUCAAACAUUUGGAUCGCGGUUACAACUCUUGUGCCAGAACGGACAUGUUCUUCAGUCCUCUUUCGUCCUCCAAGCUGGCCAAGAAAAGGGAGGAGGCGGUUGAAAAGUCCAGGAGAGAGGCCGAGCUCAGUGCUCGACAAGAACGCGAAAGGGAGAAAGACAGAGAGAGAGAGAGAGAAAGGGAGGCAGAGAGAAAUGCAAGAGCCUCCAGCUCCUCCCACGACAGCCGCAUGAGUGAUGUUCAGAUGACAGUCCAGGGCCACGGACGCUCCUUUGAGCAGCCGCCCACCACUGUCGCCGCGGUGCACCCCUACAUUGGUCCUGAUUCACCAGCUCUGCGAACCCUGAGUGAAUACGCCCGACCCCAUGUCAUGUCGCCCAGCAACCGCAACCAUCCUUUCUACGUGUCGCUGAGCCCCGGCGACCCCUUGCUGGCCUACCACAUGCCUGGUCUGUACAGCGCUGAGCCCAGCCACAGAGAGCGCGAGCUCAGGAACCUGCGAGAGAGGGAGCUCCGAGAGAGGAUGAAGCCUGGCUUUGAGGUCAAGCCCCCAGACAUGGAAACGUUACACCCCUCCGCUAACCCCAUGGAGCACUUUGCCCGGCACGGGGCCAUCGGUCUGCCUCACAUACCCGGGCCUCCCCACCACUUUGCAACCUUCCAUCCUGGGCUGAACCAACUGGAGCGGGAGAGGAUGAUGAUGGCCGGACCUCAGCUGCGCCAGGAUCUGAGUUACGCAGAGCGACUCACCGCAGAGCGGCUUCACUCGGAGAGGAUGGCGUCCGUGGCUUCAGACCCUGCUGUCAGGCUGCAGAUGCUCAACGUGACGCCGCACCAUCACCAGCACUCUCACAUUCACUCCCACCUCCACCUGCACCAACAGGAUCCCCUCGGUCAAGGUUCAAGCCCUCAUCCUCUCGACGCCCUGGCACCAGGGCCACGCAUGGCCCGGUUCCCCUUCCCUGGCGGCCCAAUCCACAACCAAUUACUCAGCGAUUUUCCUCAUGAUCAUGAGAUGCUGCGCCACCCGCUGUUUGCAGCUGCAUAUCCAAGAGAGCUCCAGGGCCACGCUCCUCAGAUGUCUGCUGCUCACCAGCUCCAGGCCAUGCAUGCUCAGUCCGCAGAGCUGCAGAGGAUGGCCAUGGAGCACCAGGCCAUGGAGCACCAGUGGCUGCAUGCGCAUCACCUGCAUGGAGGCGCUCUACCCAGCCAGGAAGAUUAUUACAGCCGUCUGAAGAAAGAAGGUGACAAACCAUCUUGAGUGCCAGGCGGUGCGUGCCCUGAAACCCUCAUACCCAAUAGAAUACUGUGUACUUUUUAAGACUUUAAGAGAUAUUUGUGUGUCUUUUCUUUUGUUUUAAUAUAUUUUAGAAAAAAUGAUGUGCAUUCCUUGUUCAGCACUUAAUGAGACUGUCAAAGUCCGUACGAGAUUUUCAUAUCACUUAAGACUUAAAACUAGUUUUAUUAUCAUAAUGACAAAUAAUCGAUUUAAAAUGACAGAUUUACUAAAGGUUAAACUGUUUCAUAUGCAGUGGUAGGAAUUUGCUAAAAUAUAGCUCUUAUAAGGUAAAUGAAAACAGGCUGAUUUUGGUCCUAAGUUUAAAUAUCUAUCUAUGAUUUCCUUGUACAGAAUAACAUUUAAAUCUGUGUCUGGAUGAUUGUAACGACCUAGCAUGACUCAACCUUAAUUUUUCACCAAACUAGAGUAGCAAGUUGCAUUGUGGUGUUUAGCCUUUUAAAGCAUAGUAGAGGUUGGUUUUAAAUCUGCCAAAUAUUUGUCUAAAUCCUAAAGUUUUAUAUAUCAAGAUAUCUUUUCACAGUAUAACCGAAGCUUUUAUUCGCUCAUUUUUGAGAUUGUAAAUAUUACAUGUUCACAAUAUUCUAUAUGAAUGAGUACUAUUGAUAUAGCAGUAGAUGUGAACACUUGACCCUCAAUUUAGCAUGAUAGCAGUAAAUUAUAAGCUAAAACAGUAUAUAGUAUUAUAAGGUGAGAUACUUAUUAAUUGGACCAUGAUCAUUCGCUACAGGUAGAAAGUUUUAUUAGAAUAAUGUAUUUACAUCGUUUUAAUACGAGUACAUUAAUUGGAGAGACACUAAAUUUUGAACAUUUUAAUUGAUUUUUAAACAAACAGUCUUUAAAUUCAAUAUGUAUGUGACAUAAAAUGAAAGUGUAUUCAUUGCAUAUUUAUUUCAAUAAAUAUUUCUGCAAUGACACCUUAUUCUCGUUGCACUUGGAGUUCCUCUGAAACAACAGCCUGCGGUAUUACCAAUUUAUUAGGUACACCUUUCUAAAACUAAUGCCGUCUUUUACAACAGUCCAAUGGGAGAUUUGACCCUCAUGGAAGUUCUAAUCUAUUUCAGAGAGAUGGAGACUCAACUGUCUGGUCAUGUUGGAUAUAGUUUAUUGUGUUGUUGAACCAAAUUGCAUUGUACUGACAGGGGUUUCUGUUAUUUUGUCCACCUAGUUAAUGUCAAUAAGUGGCUACAUAACAGCAACACCUAUCUGUGUAAUAUAAUGUUUUAAACUAUAUUAAUUUUGGCUUGGUGUCCUAAAUAAACUGGAAAAGACA